UACAAAUCAGGAGUUUAUCACCAUGUGAGCGGAGGUUUGGUAGGAGGACAUGCCAUUAAGAUUGUUGGUUGGGGAGUUGACUCUGAAAGUAGAAAACCUUAUUGGAUUUGUGCCAAUUCAUGGGGACCAUCUUGGGGAAUUGAUGGAUUCUUUUGGAUUUUAAGAGGAGUAGAGGAAUGCGGCAUAGGCAGAGACGUAUGGACUGGUUAUGUUUAA